UUCAGGUGGCCAAUAAGCGGCGGCGUCUCGGCCGCGAGCUGACAGCUGCUUCUCCGCGGAGGCCGACCAGGGUCCCGGGUUCGAGCCGGAGGCCCGGGAGAAAGGAGCCUCCUGCAGGUAGCAUGCCUUUGUGCCAGCGAAGGGCCACCCCCAGGGGUGGCCAGUUGGACCUGGAGGAAGCUGCGCCCAUGGCUGCCAGUGGGGGCGUGAAGGUGCUGUUGCACUGGGCCGGGCCCCGCGGCGGGGAGCCCUGGGUCACCUUCAGCGAGGCUUCGCUGACAGCCGAGGAGGCUUGCAUCCACAUCGCACACAGGAUCGGCAUCACUCCACCCUGCUCCCAUCUCUUCGCUCUCUUUGAUGCCCAGGCCCAAGUGUGGCUGCCUCCAAACCACGUCCUGGAGGUGUCCAGGGACGCGGGUCUCACGCUGUAUUUCCGCAUGAGGUUCUACUUCCGGAACUGGCACGGCAUGAAUGGCCAGGAGCCGGCCGUGUACCGCUGCGGGCCACCCGGGACCGAGGCCACAUCGGAGCGGGCACAGCAGGGGCUCCAGCUCCUGGAUUCUGCCUCGUUUGAGUACCUUUUCGAGCAGGGCAAGCAUGAGUUUGUGAAUGACGUGGCCUCGCUGUGGGAGCUGUCGAGCGAGGAGGAGAUCCACCACUUCAAGAAUGAGAGCCUGGGCAUGGCCUUCCUGCAUCUGUGCCACCUGGCGCUGGGCUGGGGCGUCCCGCUGGAGGAGGUGGCUGGGAAGAUCAGCUUCAAGCACUGCAUCCCGCGCUCUUUCCGCCAGCACAUCCGCCAGAACAACGCCCUCACCCGCCUGCGCCUGCGCCGCGUCUUCCGCAGAUUCCUGCGGGCCUUCCAGCCGGGCCACCUGUCACCACAGGCGGUCAUGAUCAAGUACCUGGCCACCCUGGAGCGCCUGGCUCCCCGCUUUGGCUCGGAGCGCGUGCCCGCCUGCCACCUGCGCCUGCUGGCCCAGGCCGAGGCCGAGGCCUGCUACAUCCACGACCACAGGCAGAGCCCUGCGGACCCCUGUGACCCUGUGACCCCCAAGCCCCCCACGCAUGAGGUGCUGGUGACGGGCACGGGUGGCAUCCAGUGGCGCCCAGUCCCGGAGAAGGAUCCCAGCGGGGGCAGCGACAGCAGAGAGGGGCAUCCCCGGGCCAGAGCCAGCCUGUCUGGGAAGGAAGGCAGGGCCCCCAAGGACGCGCCCUCGGAGCAGCCCGCAUGGACCUACUUCUGCGACUUUCAGGACAUCACGCACCUGGUGCUGGGCGAACACCAUGUCAGCAUCCACUUGCAGGAUAACCAGUGCCUGGAGCUGAGCCUGUCCUCCCGGGCCGCGGCCCUGUCCUUUGCGGCGCUGGUGGACGGCUAUUUCCGGCUCACCACCGACUCCAGCCAUUACCUGUGCCAUGAGGUGGCACCCCCGCGCGUGGUGAUGAGCAUUCAGAACGGCAUCCACGGACCCCUGCUGGAGCCGUUUGUGCGGGCUAAGCUACAACCCGUGGAUGGCCUCUACCUCAUCCAUUGGAGUGCCAGCCACCUCUACCGCCUCAUCCUGACCGUGGCCCAGCGCGACCCGGCACCUGGCGACAGCGCACAGAGCUUGCGUCUGCGCAAAUUCCCCAUCGAGCUUCGGGAUGGAGCCUUCGUGCUGGAGGGCUGGGCCCGCUCCUUCACCAGCGUGCGGGAGCUGCAGACGGCCCUGCAUGGCUGCUCGCUGCGAACCGGGGAGGACUGCUUCCCCCUGCGACGCUGCUGCCUGCCAGGGCCUAGAGAGCUCUCGAACCUCAUUGUCAUGCGUGGGCCCCAGGCCACGUCCAGGCCUUUCAGCCUCAGCCAACUCAGCUUCCACCGGAUCCGCCAGGAUGAGAUCUGCCAGCUGUCACACUUGGGCCAGGGCACAAGGACGAAUGUGUACGAGGGCCUCCUGCACGUGGGGGGCCCCGAGGAAGACCAGGUGGACAGUGGGGAGCCGCCAGCCCCAGCCGGGGCCCAGGGCCAGGAGCUACGGGUGGUGCUCAAAGUGUUGGAUGUCAGCCACCAUGACGUUGCCCUGGCCUUCUACGAGACCGCCAGCCUCAUGAGCCAGGUGUCCCACGUCCACCUGGCCUUCAUGCACGGCGUCUGUGUGCGCGGCUCGGAGAACAUCAUGGUGACUGAGUUCGUGGAGCACGGGCCCCUGGAUGUGUGGCUGCGGCGGGAGCGGGGCCGCGUGCCCAUGGCCUGGAAGGUGGUGGUGGCCCAGCAGCUGGCCAGCGCCCUCAGCUAUCUGGAGGACAAGAACUUGACCCAUGGAAACGUGUGUGGCCGGAACAUCCUGCUGGCCCGCCCUGGGCUGGCUGAGGGGACCAGUCCCUUUGUCAAGCUCAGCGACCCAGGCGUGGGCCUGGGGGUCCUCUCCAGAGAAGAGCGGGUGGAUCGCAUUCCCUGGACAGCCCCCGAGUGCCUGCCUGCCGGGGCCGGCAGCCUGAGCCCUGCCGCUGACAAGUGGGGCUUCGGGGCCACGCUCCUGGAGAUCUGCUUUGAUGGGGAGGCCCCCCUGCAGGGCCGCAGCCCCUCCGAGAAAGAACGGUUCUACCAGCAACACCACAGGCUGCCAGUGCCCUCAUGCCCUGAGCUGGCCGCGCUCACGGGCCGGUGCCUGGCCUACGAGCCUGCCCAGCGCCCGUCUUUCCGCACCGUCCUGCGGGACCUCACGCGGCUGCAGCCCGGGGGUGAGUGCCGGGGCUGGGCACAUGCGUGGGAGGGGACAGAGCCAGCUUUGGCCUCACCGCCCGGUACCCCUCCAGAUCUGGUGGGUGUCUUGACCAUGAACCCAGACUCCCCGGCGUGUGACCCCACGGUUUUCCACAAGCGCUACCUGAAGAAGAUCAGGGACCUGGGUGAGGGCCACUUCGGCAAGGUCAGCUUGUACUGCUACGACCCCACGAACGACGGCACGGGCGAGAUGGUGGCGGUGAAGGCCCUCAAGGCCGGCUGCGGGCCGCAGCUGCGCUCGGGCUGGAGGCGCGAGAUCCACAUCCUGCGCGCGCUCUACCACCAGCACAUUGUCAACUACAAGGGCAGCUGCGAGGACCCAGGUGACAAGUCGGUGCAGCUCGUCAUGGAGUACGUGCCCCUGGGCAGCCUGCGGGACUACCUGCCCCGGCACAGCGUCGGCCUGGCCCAGCUGCUGCUCUUCGCCCAGCAGAUCUGCGAGGGCAUGGCCUACCUGCAUGGGCAGCAUUACAUCCACCGAGACCUAGCUGCCCGCAACGUGCUGCUGGACCAUGACAGGCUGGUCAAGAUUGGGGACUUCGGCCUGGCCAAGGCCAUGCCCGAAGGCCACGAGUACUACCGCGUGCGCGAGGAUGGCGACAGCCCCGUGUUCUGGUACGCCCCCGAAUGCCUGAAGGAAUCCAAGUUCUACUACGCUUCCGACGUGUGGUCUUUCGGUGUCACUCUGUACGAACUGCUCACGCACUGUGACUCCAGCCUGAGCCCCCCGAAGAAGUUCGAGGAGCUCCUAGGGCUCACUCAAGGCCAGAUGACGGUUUUGAGGCUGACCGAGUUACUGGAACGUGGGGAGAGGCUGCCGCGGCCCGACAAGUGUCCCUGCGAGGUCUACCUGCUCAUGAAGAACUGCUGGGAGACCGAGGCCUCCUUCCGCCCCACCUUCCAGAACCUCACGCCCCUCCUGAAGACGGCCCACGAGAAGUACCAGGGCCAGUCGGCUUCUGUGUUCAGCGUGUGCUGAGGUGGCGGGCGGCA